UCUUAUUUUCCCAUUAUUUUCAAGUUAAAAACUGCAGUGUAUCGUAGUAUAUAUCUAAAAUAUAUAAACUUUUAGGGUUUGAUUGCUCCUUUAUGCUGAAAUCAGUUGUUUUGAGGUUUUGUUCUUUAGUGAUCUGUGGUCUGGAGGAGGGCUGAAGAGCUGUUGGGGUUCGUUCGAUUCAAUUUUUUGUUGGGGGUUUGAAGCAUGAGUUCGGAUAGAAGCAGGAGCAGGAGCAGGAGCAGGAGCCCUCCUCGAUCUCGCAGGUUCCGAAGCGAGCGGGAGCGGCCUUCGUAUCGUGAUGCUCCGUAUAGGAGAGAGUAUCGUAGUUCUCGGCAGGAUGUCCUCUGCAAGAAUUGCAAACGACCAGGACACUUUGCCCGAGAUUGUCCAAAUACAGCUGUCUGUAACAACUGCGGACUUCCAGGGCACAUGGCAGCUGAGUGCACUGCUAAGACCCUAUGCUGGAACUGCAAAGAACCCGGACACAUGGCCAACGAGUGCAGUAACGAACCGGUCUGCCACAACUGCAACAAGACGGGUCACCUAGCCCGUGACUGCUCCAGCUCUGGCUCAUCCUCCUUCGACACCAGGCUCUGCAACAACUGCCACAGGCCCGGCCACAUCGCAGCGGGGUGUACCAAUGACAAGGCUUGCAAUAACUGUAGAAAACCCGGACACCUGGCUCGUGAAUGCCCCAACGAUCCUGUGUGCAACCUGUGCAAUGUCUCAGGCCAUCUUGCUCGCCAGUGCCCUAAGUCUAGCUUGGCUUCAGAAAUCCAUGGCGGGCCCUUUCGUGACAUUAUUUGUCGAGCCUGUAACCAGCCAGGUCACAUUAGUCGCGAUUGUGUGGGAGUCAUUAUCUGCAACACUUGUGGAGGUUGUGGCCAUAUGUCAUAUGAGUGCCCUUCUAAUCGUAUGUUCGAUCGAGGGAUGGUUCGAAGGUACUGAUCUAUGGGUGCCCUAAACCAGCAAAAAGGAUCUCUGUUUAUCGGGAAGAUUUAAAAGGUUCCUUGCCCUUGCUAUGUUUUGGGUUCGUUUUAUUUGUCACCGGGGAGAUACUAUUUCCUUCGAGAGGCAUUUGUGCUUGCUGGAUGUUUCGGUUACUAGAUUUUGUUCGUGCUAAAGUAGCUUUUAGCUUGUUCAUCCAGUGCUUGCUGGAUAUUUUGGAUAGUCGAUUGUUUUUUAUGUUAUGCACAAUCUUUGAACUUCUAGCAUUCAGUGUAUUUCUCUUUAAUAAAAAUAGUUCGUGCUGUGUAAA